AUGCCCGUGAAAAAUGCCACCAGGAGGGAUCCACGAGUUCAUGUCGCAUAUCUGACCACCUCUAGCGAGGGAUGGUCAAUGAUGGAACAGGGGCAAGUUAAGGGACCGAUGAUGACGUUCCAUCUGAAGCAGUUUUUGCGAAGAAGCUUCGACGUUGGCAACAACCGCAAUGACCUCGAAAUUCGAGAGUUCGAACGACAAUUUGAAAUGCCAAACUACAACCAGAUGACUAUGAAGGUUCGAGCGGAGACGAACAUUGACACUGAAGGAUACACGGCAACGUAUAAACGAGUACUAGGAUGA